ACGACACUUCACAAUCACUUGACAAUCACUUCACUCACGUGUUUUUACAUUCGGUCAUUCGGAGGUUGAAAAGUGUUAAUGUUUGACAAAUCUUCAAAGAAUUAUUCUAGUAAGUGUUUUUGGAAUAUUUAAAAAAGUCAGUUUUAUUAAUUUGUGAUAUAACAAGGGGAAUAAAAAUCAUUGUGUGGCAGCAAAUUUGGAAAUGAUGAGCGAAGAUGAAUCUGACAGUAAUAGUCACCAAAGUGAAAUUGAAAUGGAAAAGCUUGUGAAUAAUGUUGAUGAAGAGAUUUCUAAUUCUGAAGGAGAAUUAAAUUCGAAAGGCGACAAACAUGAGGAUGAAAUGUGCAAGUCUUCAUUAAAUGAUAGUAACAAAAGUAAAGUAAAUAGUGGUUGGGCAGAUGCCAUGCGAAAAGUUUUAAGUAACAAAAAACCAAAGCGAAAAAAAUCUAUUGUCUUGUCAAAGGCUAAGAAACAUUGUAAUAAUGACUUGGAAGAAAAGAAACAAUCACUUUCGUUUGAAAUUGAAGAUACAAAUGAUAAUUUUAAAAAUAAAACUGUCAAAGAAAGUGUCGACGAAAAAGUAAGUGAAGAGAAAAAACGAAACAAGAAAAUAUUCAAGUCUGGAAUCAGAAUAAAACCUUCGCACUUAGAUAGAGAAAGAGAAAGGAUUCUACAAAAAAUUGCUACUAAAGGCGUUCUACAAUUAUUUAAUGCAGUGAGGCAUCAACAGAUUGAUAUUGACAAGAAAUUAGUUGAAGCAGGACCUUUGGAAAGAAAACGUGAAAAAGUUUUGAAAGACAUUGAUAAAAAAGCUUUCCUCGAUGUCCUUAUGGGUGGAACUAAAAGUAUUACAGUUGAUAAUUGUGCAAAUGAAUCAGUAAUGCAAAACGGAACACCAAUGGAAAAGAAAAAUGUUUGGAAAGUCUUGAGGGACGAUUUUGUUAUGGGUGCAUCAUUAAAGGAUUGGGAUAAAAAUACACCAGUUGAAGAGAAUAGUGAUAAUGACGAAUGAAUUUACACCACUGUAAAAAAAGAAAUAUUUGUUAUUUAUUAUAUUAAUAAAGUUGUUUUAUACACUGAUUUAAAAUAAAAAGAGAA